AUGUCAGAAGCAGCACGUCUCGGUCUAAUUGCAGGUCAGCUGGAAGGCUCUCAGAAAAGCGCAUCAUCCAAAGGAAGCGCCAUGGCUCCGACGAAGCCUUUCGAAAUUGCCAUCGUUGGCGGGGGUAUCGCAGGUCUGACGUUGGCGAUAGCUCUGUAUCACCGACAGGUUCCCGUCACGGUCUACGAGCAGGCGCCGCAGUUUGGCGAAAUCGGCGCAGGCGUCUCAUUCAGCCCGAACGCCGUCCAGGCCAUGAAGAUCUGUCACCAAGGGGUGCACGACGCCUUCGAGAAGGUGUGCACGAAGAACGUCUGGGAGUCGAAGCAGAAAGUCUGGUUUGAUUAUCUCAACGGUAUGUCGGAUUCUCGCGAGAUCGCAUUCACCAUCUCCAACAGCCUCGGCCAAAAUGGUGUCCAUCGGGCGCGGUUCCUGGACGAAAUCGUCAAGCUGGUCCCCAAAGAGAUCGCAAGGUUCGGCAAGAAGUUGAAGGACAUCAAGGAAGGCCCCAACGGCAAGCUGGUGAUGUCCUUCGAAGAUGGCACGACAGCAGAGGCGGAUGCCGUUGUCGGCUGUGAUGGAAUCAAGUCUCGCGUGAGGCAGGUCAUCGUGGGGCCCGACCAUCCGUCGGCACAUCCAGUGUACACACACAAGUACGCAUACAGGGGUCUGGUGCCCAUGGACAAGGCCAUUGGAGCUAUCGGUGAGGAAUUGGCCUUGAAUUCAUGCAUGCAUAUGGGACCCGAUGGCCACGUCUUGACCUUCCCUGUCGACCAUGGCAAGACCCUCAACAUGGUCGCAUUUCGCACGACCACCGACGACUGGCCGGAUUUCCAACGCCUCACGAGGCCGGCGAAAAGGGAAGACGCGUUACGCGACUUUGCAGCAUAUGGGACAAACGUCAAGCAGUUGCUGGCCCUGACGAAGCCGAAUCUGGACGUUUGGGCCAUCUUCGACUUGGGCGACCAUCCUGUUCCGACCUUCUACAAAGGCCGAAUCAGCAUCUCCGGCGACGCAGCACAUGCCACCUCCCCUCAUCAUGGCGCCGGUGCCGGGCUCUGCAUCGAGGACAGCGCCAUAUUGGCCGAACUGCUGGCCGAUGAACGCGUCCAGACACCCAAGGAUAUCGAAGCCGUCUUUGCAACCUACAAUGCGGAGCGGAAGGAACGGGGCCAGUGGCUGGUCCAGUCUAGCCGGUGGGUCGGCGACUGCUAUGAGUGGCGUGCACCGGGCAUCGGGAGGGACUUUGCCAAAAUUGAACAUGAGAUCAACACCAGAAAUGCCAUCAUUGCCAACGUGGAUCUCGAGGAGAUGUGUGUCCAGGCAAAGCAGGCGUUGAGCAAGAGGUUGUAA